AGUUCCCAGUAUAAGAGUGAAUAUGGGAACAUGAGCUUUCCCGGUCAGUGAACUCCACAGGUUUCCUGGGUUUAUACUUUUUGGUGUCGUUUGUCGGAGAGUUUUGUCAGGGCAAUGAAUUUUAACAAUAUUUCCAGAGAGGCCUUACUGGGCUCUGCCACACUGGGACUGGUCUUUAUAACUGGUUAUUAUAUGGGUAAGCGCAGACCAUACAGGAUGGAUAUUUUUAAGAGUCAUGUCGGAGCCAAGGAUAAUCCCGUGAUGCAGUACAUCCUCGACCACUCCAUGAGGGAGCACCCAGCUCUGAAGAAGCUCCGACUCAAAACCAUGGAGCACAAGCUGAACUUCAUCAUGGUGGCGUGUGAACAGUCGCAGUUGAUGGCAAACUUGGCAAGACUAAUAAAAUCCAAAAAGGCCAUUGAGAUCGGUGUGUAUACUGGCUAUAAUGCCCUGAGCAUUGCACUGGCUCUGCCUGAGGAUGGUAAAGUUGUGGCGUGUGAUGUGAAUGAGGAAUUCACCAACAUCGGCAGACCUUUCUGGAAGGAGGCUGGAGUUGAACACAAGAUAGACCUGCGUUUGCAGCCGGCGCUUAAAACCCUGGAUGAGCUGUUGGCGGCGGGCGAAGCAGAAACGUUUGAUUUUGUGUUUAUCGAUGCUGAUAAGCUGAACUAUGACAGCUACUAUGAGAAAUCUCUCAAACUGCUGAGGAAGGGAGGCAUCAUCGCCAUUGACAACGUGCUCUGGAGUGGGCGUGUCUUGAACCCUGCAGAAGAUGACCUGGACACCAAAGCCAUCGACAAGCUCAACAAGAAGCUGCACAAAGAUGUCCGCAUAACCCUGAGCAUGCUAACUGUGGGAGACGGGCUAACGCUAGCGUUCAAACUGUAAAACUAGCGCCGGUGUUUACACACCCCUGCAGGGUUAGCUUAACUCUUAUGUAAAAACCCUGCAGGAGAGCAGCCUUGCACUACUGUUUAAUUAAAUGCUGACACGGUGGUUGCCAGUCGUGUAGAAAUCAUGUUCUGCACAUUUUACAUCAAGUUUAAGCUUCUCGGAUCAUUAUGAGGAACAGUCUGUAUACUGUAUGUUGUUUUAGGAAGCAGAACUGAUGUGGAGAACGUGAGCUUUACAGGACUGGGCCUCGUAAUCACUGCUUUAACAUAUGAAGUGCCAUUUAAGUGAUGAAACUUAAGUAUUUUACAGUGAAACCUCGUUUUAAGACACUAAUGCUACAUUCCAUUUGAACUCGGAUGUUGGGAUUACAAGUAGAAAAUUUUAACUGGAUCGUAAAUUUGCUAUUCUGAAACCCUGAAAGCAACCCUGAGUUCAGAAUCUAAAAUAGCUGCCCCACACAUUAGAGUUUAUUAGUAAACACUUCUUUUAUAUAUAUAUAUAUAUAUAUAUAUAUAUAUAUAUAUAUAUAUAUAUAUAUAUAUAUAUAUAUAUAUAUAUAUAAAAUUUAUUUCAGAUUUUUCCCAUUUUCUCCCAAUUUGGCCAUCCAAUUGUCCUAUCCCUAUGUGCGUCCAUAUCACCAGUGGCAUCUGUGACCCUAGGAGGGUGUGGACGAGCCAAUUGUACUCCCUCGGCACUGGCAGCUGAUGGCAAGCUACAUGAAUGGGAACCUGCGACCACCCAUUCAUAUUAGUAAACACUUAACUUGGGGCCAAAUUUCUGGCUUUGGACAAUGGUCAGAGGUGAAAGAUGGCUAAAAUUGUUCUCAAAAUCUAAAAGUAGGUUUUUGUAGAUACCUUGUAUGAUAAUUCCAACAAGUCAAAAGCAUCAGAUUUAUGUAGCACUAACCACAUUUUAGCCAAGUUAGCUAGUUUAGUUAGUUUAGCUAUGCAUAGCUUUUUGAUACAGAUUUAAGUUUCUAAUGGUGAAACAGGUAACCUCCGAUAAGCAAAGCUAAGCUAACCAUGUAAAAGGGAUUCUCAGACAUCCCAAGUUGCAAAAUUAAAUUUCAGGGAGGUACCUCAAGACCUGGACUUGGAAAUGUCCCGCAACUUCCGGGAAGUUGGCAAGUCUGUGAGUCUAAUAUUCCAUUAAUAUCACGCAGCAAAACACACAUACCCCGUGGAAUUGAAAACUGUGAUUAGAAACUGGAUGUGGAAAUGUAUAUGCUUGCUACUGAUUGAAAGGAUGCUAAUUUGCAAGAUAGGUAGGUAAAUUACACAAGCCUAAACAUCUAAAAAGGAUUUAACCAACACAGCUGAGUUUUCACAGACUGUGUUUGUGCUAAAUAUCCAGCUAGUUAGCCAGAUUCGGCCCUCACAGCGGCAUAUAUGUAUUAUGCUAGUGAAACAAAUGAAUACAUCAUAGAUGUUAUCAACUAACUAAUUCACUAGCAAUGCUAACCUGGGACAAUGCUAUCAAGGAUAAGCUAGUAUUAUGAAACCAGUUUUGGGAAAUUCUGAAUUCUCUAGCUUAAACUGAAAAAAGUGAAUUGUACAAUUAUUUGAAUAUUACCUGGAACGUGACGACUUUCGCCUCUCCCAGAUCCAAAAUCCAAGAGAAAUGGAACGCAGCAUUCAUUUAGGCUCUGCUUCAGGGUGAUUUUGUCUGCUUUUAUCAUAGAUUUGUGAUACAAAAAAGUUUAUACCAAAAACAAGAACGUGUGUAGCGAUUACCAGCAGUUUACCAGAUUACCAGUCUCUAACUAUGGUUAAUAGGGUUCAUAUUUUUAAUGUUGUUGCAAAUGUUUUUACUUUCAUAAUUUCCUAAAUGAAGUUAACAUAGUGAUGAAAUUUUAAUGUUAAAGUUAAAACACAAAAUAUGCCACAAUUAUUUGUUAUUUGUUGAAUUAAACAAAUAAAUCAAAUAAACAGGAAUUGU